GGGGCUGGGUCGUGAACGCUGAGUGCGGACGCUUGGACUCGCUCACCGACACGGACACUCUGUAGGGCAAGGACAGAUGUUAGUUUUAGUUUGUAGUUUGCCUUUGUGCCUGGCACAGCGCAGAGUGGGUGUUAAUGAUUGUUGAACGGAUGACAGGUAAAACCACAGCCUGGAGCUCAUAACCGGAACCCACAGACCAUAGACCACCACCACUACCAACCCACCCCAAGUCUUGUGGAAUUUCCUCAGAUUGCUGCAGACUGUGUUCAGGUGUUCUGUUUGUAAGACACACAUAGACACAUACACACGCGUGUUUAAUUGGUUUCAGUGGGCAGUUUACAGCUACUGUUUCAAGAUAAUGGGGAAAAGGCUUUCUUACAAGUUGGCGGUUGUUGCAAUAUCACAUGGCUGGGGGUCCUGGGGGUUCCCGGGGCGUUUUAAGAGCAUUUUUUUAAGGAGGACUUCUCUAUGGAUCUAUGGGAGGGGCCCCAGGGAUUAAGGGGAGGAGGCUGGUUGCUGUGGAAUGCAUAGCCUGGGGGCUGGCUCCACACCCCUCCUCCUCCCACUUUCGAUAUUCCCCUCUCCCCUCUGACAGUGCCAAGUGGACGGAGACGGAGAUAGAGAUGCUGAGGGCUGCUGUGAAGCGGUUUGGUGACGAUCUUAAUCACAUCAGCUGUGUCAUCAAGGAACGGACAGUGGCUCAGAUAAAGGCCACUGUGAAGCGCAAAGUAUAUGAAGACUCUGGUAUCCCCCUUCCAGCUGAGUCACCCAAGAAAGGGCCCAAGAAGGUGGCAUCUGGUGUCUUGUCACCUCCUCCAGCUGCCCCUCCACCAAGCAGCUCCAGCGUCUCUGAGGCCGGGGGUCCUCCCAUAAAGAAACAGAAGGCUGAUGUGACACUCAGUGCUCUGAACGACUCCGACGCCAACAGUGACCUGGUGGAUAUUGAAGGGCUAGGAGAAACUCCUCCAUCCAAGAAACUCAACUUCGACCAGGACAGCCUGACCCUGGAUUCUGGCCUUCUCAUGACCUCUGGUGAUCCUCCUCUGCUGUCUCACUGAGCCUUCCGCCUCUGACCCCUCUUAUUGUUCACCCUGGACCUGUGGAUCGCCUAGGACUCUGAGCAACGACUGCCUGAAAGAGGGUCAAAAGACUGCUGGGACUGCCCCCUUGCUGCUCCUGUAUAAGCAUCUGCCCCCAGCCCCUUUGAUUUGCAUCCGAUGGACAUUUUUAUACAGAAAACAAUAAAGAUUUCCCUCUCA